AUGGAUAAUUACUCGUUUUCAUUUCAUACGCCAUCAUGGACAGAAAAUGCCCGUGCUUUUCUGUCACAGUUCUCCGAUGUAUUCAGUGCCUUUUCUAAGUACAUAUCGCCCUCCUAUUACCACGAUCGAUGUGAGAGGUCUGUUCAGAUGCGCCUGUACUCCCUGUCAAAGCGUCAGUUUGUGUCAGUUUUUGUCAUAUUUUUCUUCUGCUUUGGAAUCACUGUGAUGGUGGGCGUGGCAGGUCCCCCUAUUAUAGAGACGGUGUCACACAAUGGAUCACUAACUGUUGGAAGUCACUCCCAGGUGGCUGCUGGACAUUUCAAGCUCAAAUCUCCACCAAUGUCGACAUUUCACCAGCAGAUGUGGUUGAUUGCUCACAUGACAACCAAUAACAGGGGAGGUUCACGAUUCCAGGAGCCAUUUGUAGUGGGUGUAGGGAUCCGAGGGUUUAAAGGAGAUAUAGACCAUGGAAUAUUGAAGACGAAAAACCCGGAACUUAGCCCAAUAGCACAUAACAGGACAAGACUUCUGAGCUGCUCACAUGUGUGUGAUGACCUGAUCCUGCUUCAUCUCGGCUACUUGGACUAUACAAACUAUAUCAUCAACAUUGACUUCUACGGCCUCGAGGCGACUAAGUCGAACAUCAAGGAUAUUGUUUUCUAUUUUAAGAGUUAUAACACAUCCUUCACCCAGCUUGAGAUUUGGAUCCGAUUUGUGUUCGUUGUGAUGACAUUCCUUGGCACUUGUCUGUUUGCACAUUCUCUGAGGAGGUUUUCUAUGAGGGACUGGUCAAUUGAGCAAAAAUGGAUCUCGGUUUUGUUACCUCUGCUUCUCUUAUAUAAUGAUCCAUUGUUCCCGAUGACUUUCCUGGUAAAUAGUUGGGUACCUGGUAUCAUGGAUGGCGUUUUUCAAGCUUCUUUCCUGUGUGGACUGCUCAUGUUUUGGCUGUGUAUCUACCAUGGUGUUAGACAGACUGAUCGAAGAUUUGCCAAGUUUUACCUGCCAAAAUUUAUCAUUGUUGGAUUAAUAUGGAUCACUGCUGUCACACUAGCUUCAUGGCAGGGCUAUAAUGAGCUGCAGGAUCCCACCUAUUACUACCGCCUGGACACGACCAACUUCAUGGGUUUCAAGAUUUUCUUUUUCAUUGUUGGUGGGCUGUACCUGUUGUAUUUGUUAUACCUCCUGGUUCGAGCGUACGCUGAACUGCGAUCCAUGCCUUACUUUGAUAUUCGUCUGAAGUUUAUGACGCUGCUGAUGCUGAUUGUGCUGUCCAUAAGUGUAACAAUAACUGUGAUGCGUUUUGGGGCAGCGGCCCUCCAGGACAACUUUGUUGCAGAGCUGUCUACAAACUAUGAAAACUCCAUAGAAUUUGUGUCGUUUUACGGUCUCCUGAACUUCUACAUGUACACGAUGGCAUUUGUAUACUCACCUUCCAAAAAUGCACAGUUUGAGAGUAACUUGAAGGACAACCCAGCCAUAUCUAUGUUGAAUGACUCUGAUGAAGAGGUGCAUUAUGGAUCGGACCAAGAGGAGACAAAUCUAAAUAAUCACCAUGUCAGUCGCUACCAUGACUCGGAGGAAGAAACAUUCCGAUAG